CUUUGACUUCGCCUAGAGUCCGAUUUAUAGUCUCAAACGCAGCCAGAACCAAGCAAAUUAAGUCAUCUAAAGCCCACCUCAUCUCUUCAUCUCUUGCAAAACCCCUCAAUCUGAGCCCCAGAAAAUGUCAUUGAAAUCCAUAUAGUCUUAUCGGAAUCUGAAACCCAACCUAAAAUGACCAUGGAUCGGAUCCAAUCCGUUACAGUAUUAUCCAUCGAGUGCCUAAAAGGCAGCUCCAAAGCCGACGAGUGGACCGGAGACAUGCUUCAGACUGGAGACAUAGUUGAGCAGAUUAAGAUCGGGUCUGGCUCCGGAUCUGGAUACGCCGUGUCCUACACGUCGCCGUUUAAGAACGGGAAGAGCGGCGUCCAGAAGAUUUUACACAACGCAUCCAAAGAGAGGCUGACGUCAAUUCUGGUCCGAGUCAGGCGUGGCAUCGACGAGUUCGUGGAAUUGCAGGCGUGUAUUGUGCCGGAGCCCGGUUCGAAGAAGCAGUACGCUUUAAGGUCGAUUGGCGAUCCGAAUUACGCCGUCGGGUUCUCCGACCGGACCGAAGCCGAAUGCUUGCAGAUGCAGGCUUCUAGGAGCUCCAGGAUGGUCAAUGCGUUGUCCAGGGCUAAGCUUCAAGAUGGAUAUGUCUCGUACCCAUGGGGGAGAAGGAUGCAUGAGGUUCUAUCAGUACCGAAUUCAAGCUGCUUUCUUUCUGUACUUCUCCUUCCAAAGGCUUCAGACCAAGUUGCUUCUCGGUACAAUGACUUGGAGGACACACUUGCAAGGGCAAAUGUUUGGCUAAAUGCAUCUCAAGCCUCUGGGGUUCCCAUCGUCUUCAUGAAUAUUCAGACUGAGUCCCUGCUUACCAAGAUAUCUGGAGAAACAGCCUCCUCUACUGUGAAUGCUGGAUCAUUAUCUGACCUGUCCAAUCUUGCAAAUGCAAGCUUGUACGGUUUCGAGGAUUAUCAUGGGGUUGAUAUUGGUGUUGUCAGAGCAGUGCGUCUCUGGUAUGCUCCUCUUGUUGGGGAGUUUGCAAUUGAGAUCAAAAUAAAAGAAGGCGACUUGAAGCUUGGGUUUGCCAUUAGUCGCACAGACGAGGGAUUUAUCUACAUUUCAUCAGUUAUGGAUGGUAGCGAAAAUGUAGCGUCUUCAAGGUCGGGACUCAACGUUUUGUACAAAGAGGCAGAGCGUGCGUCUAGGCUUCUGGUGCUCUCUAGAAUAUCAAAUGAGAAGGUCCUUCCAUGGAUGGUUUCUUCAACUGGAGCCAUUCGAUGUUAUGACACUGUUUCUCUGAGCCAGAAGCUCUCACUGCACCGGCAUGCCAAGGUCCCUAUACUUCUUCAUGUGUUCUUGUGGGACCAAACAUUGGCUUCUAUGAGCGGAGGCAGCGCUAGAUCCAGUGUCGCAUCACCUUCUGUGCAGCCAUUUCCUCCUGAAGUUCAAUUAACACGCCCUCCUAAUGAUAAUCAGAUACUGCCGUUAUCAUCUGAAGUUCCAGAUGACAGAGAAGGCAUCAGCGACGGAUCAGAGCUCAGAUUAGAGCGGGACACGGCUGGAGAGGCCUCCUUCAGAUUUCAUGAUUUUUCCGUUACAAACAAUUGGGUAUGAGCUAGUUUUGUUUUUGCUUUCCAUUUUGUACAUAUAUAUAUAUAUAUAAUAUAGUGAAAAGCAGUGGUUUUGAUGAAGAUUGGUCUUCUUUGCUCUAGUCAGGAGUUUCAGGAAUAAGAAAAAAAAACUACAGAACACUCGGUGUCACACAAUGGAUGCCAAAAUCAGUAAAUAAUUGUCGGUCAUUUCCACAUAUGUUGUUUCAUAUAUGUAACAGUAACUUUGUGACAUUCAUUUUUUCUUUAUCCCAAGUUCUUCCUCCUUUUAUAA